AUGGUCGAAUCUACCACAUUCAUAAGGAUUUCAAGCUGUGAUGUAAAAAGUACUAUUUUGGCACAGCUAUCUCAGGCUUUAAACGGUGUUUCAGAUAAAGCAAAGGAAGCAAAAGAAUUUUUGGUUCAGCUGAAAAAUUUAUUGCAGCAGAUACAGGAGAACGGGUUGGAUUAUGAGGCCUGUCUUGUUGCUCAGUGUGACGCCUUGGUUGAUGCAUUAACUCGUCAAAAGGCGAAACUGCUCACGAAAGUUACCAAAGAACGUGAGCACAAGCUAAAGGUUGUUUGGGACCAGAUAAAUCACUGUACACUGAAGCUACGUCAGUCGACAGGGCUUAUGGAAUACUGCCUAGAAGUUAUCAAAGAAAAUGAUCCCUCUGGGUUUUUACAGAUCUCGGAUGCUUUAAUCAAACGUGUUCAAGUAUCUCAGGAACAGUGGGUCAAAGGCGCCUUGGAACCGAAAGUGUCUGCUGAGUUUGACCUGACUUUGGAUAGUGAACCUUUGCUGCAGUCGAUUCACCAGCUGGAUUUUAUUCAGAUGAAAUGUAGGGUGCCACCCGUCCCGUUACUGCAGCUGGAGAAGUGUUGCACCCGAAACAACAGUGUGACAUUGGCCUGGAGGAUGCCACCUUUGAGCCACAACCCAGUGGAGGGUUAUAUCUUGGAACUUGAUGAUGGAGAUGGCGGCCAAUUCCGAGAAGUAUAUGUUGGCAAGGAGACUCUCUGUACUAUUGAUGGCCUUCAUUUCAACAGUACCUAUAAUGCAAGAGUCAAAGCUUUUAAUUCAUCAGGAGUUGGUCCUUACAGCAAGACAGUUGUUUUACAGACAUCGGAUGUGGCAUGGUUCAGCUUUGACCCCUCCUCAGCGCACAGAGACAUAGUGCUGUCAAAUGACAACCAGACGGCCACCUGCAGUAGUUACGAUGACCGAGUUGUUCUCGGCACAGCAGCCUUCUCCAAGGGAGUGCAUUACUGGGAACUGCAUGUGGACCGCUAUGAUAACCAUCCAGAUCCAGCUUUUGGUAUUGCCAGGAUUAAUGUAGCCAAGGACAUGAUGCUAGGCAAGGACGACAAAGCAUGGGCCAUGUACGUUGACAACAACCGCAGCUGGUUUAUGCAUUGCAAUUCUCACACUAAUCGGACCGAAGGGGGAGUUUCUAAAGGUGCCACUGUUGGUGUGCUCUUGGAUCUGAACAAGCACAACCUGACCUUUUACAUAAAUGGGCAGCAGCAAGGGCCUCCAGCAUUUGAAAAUGUUGAGGGUGUCUUCAUGCCUGCAUUAAGCCUCAAUCGAAAUGUCCAGGUGACUCUACGCACAGGACUGGAGGUGCCACAAUGUGUAAAACAGCCAAAGUUGCCCAGCAACUAAUGAAGCCCCUGCUGCCUGAACAUACGCUGGAUUCUGUAAGCUCUCUCAGUGUGAUUUGGCACUUUUCAGUAAGUCAGUAAAAAAGCAUUCUCUUCCCUAACUUAAAAUAUUAUACAGUGUGUUGCUCGCUGAGUAAGCUGCUGGUUACAGCUAGCCCACACCAUUUUUAGUUUAAUAGCCAUACUAAGCAUAGUCCCAGAAGUGGCGCUUGAUUACAAAUGGGUACCUGAAAAUAUCUACACUGCAUUGCAUACAAGGGUGUAUAUUUUUAUAUAUAUAUAUGUGUGUGUGUGUGUGUGUGCGUGCAUAUAUAUACAUAUAUAGAGAGGUGAAAGGUAAAAUGAGUGUAUUUUUUCUCUCCUGGCUGGAUUUGUGCUCAACAAGAUAUUAGGAAUGCAGGAAAAAUGUGUAAGACUAAGACUGGGGAGUGAACAGCUGUUGGAACAAUUUACCGGGGGUGAACGGGAUUCUUUUGCCACCUGAAGUCCUUAAUCAAGACAACAUAUGUUUUGACAGCUGAAGUGGAAGCUGCAAGGUCAGUGAAAGAAUUUCUGGGCAAGAUUCCUUUGUUCGUUAUAUUGAGGAGCUCAAAUGGCCAUAAUUACCCCUUCCGGUGCUAAACUGUAUUAAUCUAUCGAUUACGUUCCCCUAGAAGUUCCGUGGCAGAACUUGCACUUAUCUUCAAUAAGAAAAAGAUUGCUCUCCAAAUACUUUCAUAGUUUUGCUUAUUUUAGCUAGCACCAUGGGAUGUGCAGAAUUCACAUACAAGAAAUAGAAAAGUAUUCUCAAUGUAUUUUAGUGUUUCUCAUUUAAAUAUGAUUGUAGACACUGUCACAAAUGGAAGGUCUGAUUGUGGUUAUCAGCGAAUCUUUUGAAAAGGGAAGAGGCCUUUGAAUUGAAUUGAUAAAAGAUUUCUUUAAAUACGGUACAAAGUAUUCCAUGUAGAGGAAUGCUGCUUCCUAGCCUUGAUCCUGAUAGAUCCCAGGCAGCUGUAGUUCCGAUGUAGCUUCAAGAUCAAAAGCCUUAAUUUUCUAUUAGAUUAGGGUGAGCUAAAUAAUGUUUUGCUCCUAGUGAAGCAUUUGAGCAAGAGAGACUCAUAGGCUUAAUGUUAAAUGCAUUCUUUCGAAUUUUUCUGGACUGGGACAUAAAUCUUUUGUGAGUCUUGGUUGUGUCUUGCAUCUCUGGUGAAAAUGAGAAACCGUUUCAGGUGCUGGCCAUGACAACUUGAGUCUGAUUGGCAUGGAACUUCCCAUCACCAUGGCACUUUCACCUGCAUGCUACUCUCAGAAAACACAUCGAUUUGUUUGUGUGUGUCUGUUCUUCUGAACCGAAUUAACAUGUGAGAGCAUGUGUGUACAGCGGUAAUGUGUACAAGCAAGAUGCAGGAGGCUGCAAGAGUCCACAAUAUCUAGGAUUUAGCCAGUCUAAUCCUACUCAAGUGUGGUGCUGUCGAGCAGGAAAAUCAUAGACCCUUACAUGCUAUUGAUGUACUAUUUCCUUUUUCCUAAUCCUACUGCUUAUAUACCUUUUCCUCUCCAAGCAUAUGUAUGCACACACAUGCCUGUGCUUUUAGACAAGUAACUAUUAAACCUGAAAACAAAUAUUCUAACCAAAAUCAAGCUUCCUGCCUUGCUUAAACCACUGCCACAGGACAAACAGCCCAGGCCUCUCCUGGAACAGCCUGCUGGCCGUUGCUGCAGGUGCACUUUUGUCUCUAGCUUGAGCACAUCACUCAGGUAGUGCUGAGUGAUGGCAAGGCUUCACUGUGACAGAGCAGCCAGGAUCCUCACUGGUGUCAUCCCACCUCUCAGCCAUUGUGGGGAGAGGGAAUCAAAAAAGAAGGCCACCCAGAAUGAAAUAGUCACAGACUGUUGCGCAAACCAAAAGUAGUCUGUGAUCAGGUUACCUGUAACUAACUAAUCAUUUAUAGCCCACCUCUCCUACAGAACAGCAAUGCACCUUCAAUGAUGUCAAGACUGACAUAGGAAAGAAAGCCAACAACAAGGAAAAAAUAACUUAAAUGCUUAAGUGGGAAAGCAACUGUACUUUCUUCAAAGUCUGAAAUGGAUUGUACUAGUAAACUUUUAGACACUGGAAUAACUAUGCUACACUCAUCUUGAUUUCUUAACAGCAGAGACCAACUGUGUUUUAAUUUUUGAUUUUAUUUGAUACCAUAUGAACUUGUGCAGGAUUUUCUAAUUCAGUGGGUCUGUUUUAACCUACCUCAGCUAGAAUGCUACUGGACCCUGAAUUUCCUCUUGAGUGUGCUCAUUGUAAAACUGUCUUUUACAAACAUAAAAGUUGUAAUCAUAGCAUUGGCUUUGAGUAUUGCCUGUCAGAGCAGCGUAUGGGUAUACUGUACAUAAAUUGCGUGUAGUUUUUUUAUAUUGGGAAACAUCCUGUGAUAAUUUUAAUACCAGAAGGCACUCCACUUCCACUUUUAGUAUUAAAAGCAAAGGAGUAUUGUUUGUCUUGGGUAAAAGGACUGAACCUUUGUCUUUACUCCCAACUUCUCUGAAGAAAAUUCAAAUGAACUUAAAACUUUCCAAUCUUCAGCCAUUGCCAGAUGUUUAAAAUUAAUUCUGAAUGGGUUUUAGAAGUGCUUCAGAAGUGUUUGUGGUACUUGGUUUUGGUUUUCAUAGUUGCUUUGGUAUCAGUUCCUAGAGUGUUGUACCUUUGGGAAAGCGCAGCGAGUGAUACAGGUUACUAAGUGCUAAUAGAAAUAUGGACAGUAGAUAGGAACAUGCUUCAGAUACGCAGGGAAGCUCAUUUGUUAUUCUCUACACAUUCUAGCAGUCACAAAAAUAGGGUAGAGACUAGCUACCGUUACAGUCUCCUUUCAAUGUAGUGGAAAAGCAGAUAAAAGGAAGGCAGGUAGAAGUAGGCAUCCUGCAUUAGUAAUACCGAUUUAGCCUAGGUCUAAACAAAGUGGGCGCAUGUGUUGGUUGUGUACACAUUUAAGGACUUGGAUUCAGUCCACAGCAGUAUACCAAGUUAGCCCAAGAGAGUGCAGUUUCUCUAUGACUUCAGCUGGGUGCAUUUUGGCAGUCUCGUUAACAGUAAUAAAUGCUUAAGUAGUUAGAAUUAUGUUAGGAGACCAAUUGCUCCACGCACAACUAUUUACGAGGCAUGUCCAGAUGUCCGUGAGACCCAUCUGAACGUAGGCCAGCACAGAAUUUUCCCUUUUCAGAAGAGCAUCAGGUGGGAGAAGUGGGGAACACUCACCUCGGCUCCAGCUGGAGGUGGUGGUUUCCCUGCAGGUAACUCCCCAAGGUCUUUCUAGUUAUGAACCCACCAGUCUGCGUGUUCUUCAUCUCAGUGUCCAUACAGAGAGACUGUGCCUGAGUGACACGCUCCUCUGCUUCUCUCCUCUACUGCUUCCCAGGUCUUCUUUGGGGCGCCAGCUCUGCAGUGGCUUGAGGAAAUAAAGGAGGGAAAUAAACCUAUCUAGCUUUCUACAGCAUCUCUUUUGCCAGUUUUUGUUACUUCUAAAUCCCUUUUUUAGGAGGGAGCCAGCCUUUAGUAGUAUGGCCCUUGCAGAAACCGUGUUGCUGACUGUCCAGGAAGAACCCAGGGGUCUGAAGAGUAGCAUAGAUACCAAACGGGACUGCUUUGGAUGUCUGUUACUUCCUUUUGAUUCUUGGGAUAUUUGUGCAGCACUCCAUGACUCCAAGCUCCUCGUCCUGCUGCCCAGACACCUGGACAGGCACAGAGGUGCAUUUCAUGGGGCUCCUCUGCUCCUAGAGGACAGACUGUUCCAUGUAAACAGGAGAGCAGAGCAUUUUGCACUGGGAUGAGUCUCGUCCACUACAGCGCAGACUCCACUUGACAUAGCUGUAAAAUGUCUAAAAAUACCAAACUCUUCCCUAAUAAACAGUGAAGUUUGACCCCUGAAUAUGUCGCUUUGAAAUGUCUCUACAGCUGCUAAAUACAGUAAGUAAGCUUUGUAGCCUGGAGAGCAACAAGGGACUUUAGCUUUCAUCUGCCUGUGUGGCCCCAAACGUUAUCCUUUCCGAACCUUCUUCCUGGCUCCUUCCUCUGCAAACUUCCCUGUUAAGUUUAGUGGGACCAAUUAGAGAAGCUGCCGUCCAGCACACUGUCAGCCCUCCCACGGAGGGCAACGCUAUGCCAUUUCGACUACAAUUUUUUCCCCCUCCUUAGUUCAAAGGAGCUAACAAGGAAGAUCUCUUACUAAAACUUGAUGUCAAUAUGAGCACAGGCCUAGCGGACAGUCCCUUAUUUUUGCUGAUGUUGAAAGGUACACGCUGUAAAAUAAAUGUCAGUAAGGACAGUAGGAUACUGUGACGCAUCUUGAAUUUGGAAAGUAAUUUGACUUCUAAAAGAAAAGACAGGCAAACAGCACAAUCACUUCCCUUAUUUGCCUGUGGAGUUAAGAUAUAUAGAGCAAAAUAUAUUGGACUGCACAAAAUAAAAAAGCAUGAGCUUACAUGUAUCAGAGUUUAAGAGGAAAGGUAUUAAAUGUAAUUUAUUAUAUGCAUAACAUUCCAUUGUGUUGUAAAUAAUGCCAUUAUAGUGUAUUGCUGUAGAUGGUUCUUGGCUGGUGAUAGAUUUCUGUCACAGUGCUGUAUAAAUUUUUUAUUUUAUUUUUUCAAAAUGUAGUAAGUAAGGAUAGCAGAGAACACCUAAUACUCUAGUUUCCUAGUUCUAGAGCAAGAAGAAAUGCGGUACACAGAUUUUUUCUUUCUUACAUAAUAAUAUUUAAUGAACAAGGUAAGAGAGAGAGAUCAAGGCUGUGCUGCCACUCCCACUAUAUGAAAAACACUGUGUUUGUGUUUUUCUAACACAAAACUACUAACAAUACUAACCUACUAACAAUAGGUGGCGCAUUUUGGACCACAACUCAUAUUACCUAUUCCUGUGAGAAGGGAUAAAGAGCACGAACAACCUGUUAACAGCGGCACAUUCUGAUGCGUUCUAGUACAUCCUUUGCUCACAAACAGAAAGAUGAGGAAACAGAGUCGUCAGACCUAACCUCAGGCCUUAACCGGCUUUCCAGCAUCCUGCUUAAAUAGCAAAGCAAAUCAUUAACCUUUGAACCAAGCAAAGUAAUAUUUAAAAACCCAAAUAUCCUGGCUAGAUCAGCUUUGGAAGGGAGAUUACAAUUUCAAGUCCUUCAGUAGGUUAUGGUAACAAAUCGAACACAUUACAAACGUAAAGGGCACUCAUCACUUGAAAUUACCAAACAACGAUGGAGAGUCUUGUUUUUAAAAAAGUGAGCUGCCUCUUGUUUUUAUUGACAACAUUUCUGGCAAAUCCUCUGUCCAGUACUAGUGAAUGCUGCACACACACAAAUGGCUGGAGUGGCAGCUUGAAGCACAAGUCCAU